AGUAGGUCGUUUGUUGAGGAGAUUCAGAAGGGCGAUAGAGGACGAGCUUAUCGAGGAAGACGUUAUAUUAUAAAAUAUUCAAUUUGUUCAUGAUUCAUUAACAUGCUUAUCUUGUGGUUGUGGAAGAAAGGACUGGUUAAGGUAACUAUGAGAGCGAGAUUAGGUGUAUCACUUAAUGAAAAGACGGCUUUAACUGGUUGAUUGCUUUCGAUGGUAAAGCCAAUAAGAGUCGAGAAUUAAUGAGACGUAGAACAGCCAAGCAUACUAAGAGAAUGUAAUAUUCCUGUCCGGACUCUCUACUUAUCCGAGACUUGCCUAAACAACAAGGAUUUAAAACUUAACAACAGUCAUGCGAACAUCGAGUGAGAAUGUUCCAGUAGAUGAAGGGAGGAAGGAGCCUUUUCGUCUUAAAAAAAAAUGGAAAAUUGUUUUAAUAACGUUAAACUUGCUUGUUCUUCUUGCUGUUGUUGUCAUAGUUACAGUCUGGUGUUCUAACUCUCUUCCUAGGAGCAUUUCAUUAGAAAAUGUCACAGUCAACAAAGAAGGGGAAUGUAUAACUCUUCGAAUCCCCGUUUGCCACAAACAUAAAAUACCCUAUUCUUACACUAUUCUUCCAAAUCUUUUGGGACAUAAAAGUCAGAUAGUAGCCACCGAAGUGUUAAGUCGCUAUGAGCCUCUUUUCAGUGUCAAAUGUUACCCUCUUACCCCAUUGUUCUUCUGUUCUUUAUACGCACCCAAGUGUAUUGGUCAAGGUCAGUUGGUGCCGCCGUGUCGGUCUCUUUGUAAAGAGGCUGUUCGGAAAUGUGGCUUUUUUCUCGGAGUCUUUGCUUUAAGUUGGCCCAGUGGAAUCGAUUGUGAGGACUUUCCAGAUAGUCAGGAUCCCCAAGAAUGUAUAGGAAACAUGGAAAAUAUUCAACUUGAAAGAGAAAUCAAGG